ACAGAGGGCGUUGAAUAAACAUGGCGGCUAUGGUGAAGUGCGAGUUCCUGUUGAAGCAACGUAGUUUGGAAUUCUGAUAAAGAGAUGGGAGUGGAAAACCUAUCAGGCCACUAUGUUCGAACCGUUUAUCCUUUUGACACCAACCAUCCAAGGGAGAUAAUCCUGUCUAAAGGCGACAUUAUCAGAGUGACCAAUGUGAUUGAUGAUAACUGGUACUGCGGACAGUUACGGGGGAGGGAGGGAAACUUUCCAUCCAGUUUUGUGGAGACCCUAGCCCUGCCUGCAGUCCAGGAGGGCCAGAAAUUGUUUGGUGCCAUAGAAAACUUCCCUGCCUUGCAAGAUGGAGAUCUGGAAUUCAGGAAAGGUGCUGUUAUCUUGGGCACACAACAGAUUGAUAGCAACUGGUGGCAAGGACAGAUUGGGUCUCAUCAUGGGAUCUUCCCAAUCACCCAUGUCAUGGAGCUGGAACUCCCACCCACACUAAAAGAGAGGAGUCGCAGUGUUCACUCUACAGAGCCCCUGUUUGCCUUGGCCUUGUGCGACUCUGUGGCCCAGCUGGAUGAGGAACUAGGGUUUAAAACAGGGGAUGUUAUUACUGUGACAGAGAUUUUAGACUCAGAUUGGUAUUAUGGGGAGCUGGGCAGUAGGAAAGGAAUGUUCCUCUCGUCUUGUGUGGAAUUGAUACAGGACACUUCAGAGAGUGCUACUCCAUCACGUCCACAGCCUACACCCAGCUCCACAAUCCAGAAAGCCUUCUCACGAGAUCAGUCUUACUAUGGCAGUUUUAGUGAUCAGCAACCCACUCAAGCCACAGAUCAUUCACACGAUAUCUCAAGUAACCAAUCCCAUUUACAAGUACCAGACCAAAGCGCCACCUACACCAGUGAGAAUACGAAGAGCUUGGACUCCUCUGUCAGUCCCUACGCAAUGACCUUGUAUCAGUUUGAAGGUCAGUCUGACAAUGAAUUGUCUUUCAAUGCCAAUGAGAUUGUGUACCUUAUUCAGCAUAUAGAUGAACAGUGGACUGAGGGUGAAAUUGAUGGACGAAUUGGACUGUUUCCCACCAGUUUUGUCUCCAUCAUAGUUGAUUGUCCUUAUGCUUUUUCUGAAAGUAAAGCAGCUAAUCAGACAGAAGUUAGUACUACAGAGGAAGAAAGGAAAAGAGAAAUCCAGCAGGAACAAUCAGAAGAGAAGGAAGAUAAACAAGAUCUAGUCAUAAAUAAACAGGAUCUAACCAUAAAUAAGCAAGAUCUAGCCAUAGAUAAACAAGAUCUAGACAUAAACGAAAACAAAAAUAUGUCAGCAACAACAGAGAGUGUUGAUGAAUAUGGUGUUGUAGAAGGGGGUGUGAACAAUGCUGAUAAACAGGCUCGAUUUGCUCUUGUUCUCUACUCUUUCACAGCAGAAACUGACCAGGAUCUCAGUGUAACUGAGGGCGAUACGUUGCAUAUAAUCGAACGUGUGAAUGCUGAUUGGGUCCGGGCACUAGAGGAGAAUUCUGGGAAGUCUGGACUGGUUCCCUCAGCUUUCCUGGAUAUCAUUGAUGAUAGUCCUGCUCAAUUCUCAACAGACAGAAAUCAUGAACAUAAACCUGGUGUACAUGAAAUUAGGAAGGAUGAAGUGGAACCAGUUAAACAAGAAAUGCUCUCAGCACAUGACACCAAAGUGAAAUCUGACAUUAAGGAAAGCAGAGAAAGUGUUUCUGUUCAGCCUACUGUGUCUGUUAGUGCCCCAAAACCUAAUAAAAUGGAAAAUAAAGCAACACAUGACACAUCGCAGCAGAACUUACAUAGAAACGACAGCAAAGAAAGGGGUCCUACACAAAGCUUUAAUUUUACCUUACAACAAAAACCAGUGUUACCAAUGAAACCUCAAUUAAGCCCCAAACCUGUUAUGAAACCUAAACCAAACCUUUCACCCAAGCCACAGUUUCCUGACAAAGUAAGAUUACAACCUGUCAAAGAGACGGGAGACCAUGAUGAACUGCUACUGAAGUCCUCAUCAUCUCAUGUUCUCAGCCGCCAUGAUGAAUUAAACAACACAUUACAGAAAUCUCUUUCCAAUAGUGAAUUGUCAAGUACAUCAUCUGCUAGCAACACUGAAAAUAGAAGGGCUACAUUUUCUUUUGGUGAUGUGGAUACAUCAAAGUCUCUGAAUGACAUUAUAUCAGGUGAACUCUCAAAAGCAAAGAACCAUGAUAAACCUGAUGACAACACUCUGAAGAUGGAUAACAGGUCACUUCAACCAGCCAGGCCAGCUCUCACCCAACAGCAUGCCACUAGCCAGCAUUUCUCGAGUUCUUCUAAUGUGAUUCAGGCAAAUGACCCUAAAAGGCACUCCGUAAAUUUUCCUAUACAAAACUCAGCAGAACAAAGAUCCACUGCAACUGAUGAUUUUAGGGGGAAAUUCUCAACAGGAAACUCUGUCUUCUUUUUGGAUCCAGUUCCUUCCAAUAAACAUUACCAACCCAUGAGAAAACCCCCACCGAUUCCACAGAGGUCAUUUGAGGUGAGCUCUGAUUUUGAUCGCAAGCCCUCCCUGAGGAAAGCUCCCCCUCCUCGUCCCAUGGGCCCCAGAUUAGCAUCUGCUCCCCCCACUUUACCACUAAUUCCUGUCAAAGUGACAGAAUCCAAGCAUGGUAAACAAGAUGGCAAGGUGCAAACAAGAAAGCCGUCCAGACCAGCCCCUACACGUCCAGUUCCUUCACGACCAGCACCGACCCAUCCAGUGCCAAGCAGACCAGCACCGUCCAGACCACAGGUGCCCUCUACAACGCCACUGGUUGCUGUGGAUAGACAUAUUGCCCCUGAUGACACAGUGAAAGUUGAUGCUCAUUCUGUAGCUGUGGAAGACCUCAGAAAGAAAAUCAAGGAUCUGGAGAUGGACAUUAAUAAUUGUGAGAAAUCCCGAUCUAACUUGGAACAGACACUUCAAGAAAACAAAGAGGAUGAAGAAACCAAAGAAAAUAUCCAAUUCUAUACAGACAAUAUCAGUGGUCUCAAUACAGAGCUUAGUGCCCUAAGGAAGAAUCUGGUGGAGCUUAGUCCUGAGGAUGGAGAUUUGGAAGCCCAGAGAGAGGCUGAUAGAAAGAGGAAAGAGGAUGAAGAACGUCAGCGUGAAGAGGAGAAAAAGAUGGCAGAGGAGAUGAAGGACAAGCGAAGAGAGAAGCGAGGAAAGGUGAUAGAAGAGUUGAUUCAGACGGAAAAAGACUUCCAGCACAGCCUAGGGCUAUGUAUAGAAAUGUUUCUGUCUCCUGAAGCAGAAAAGCACCCUGAGGUUGAUUUAGCAGUUCUGAUGGGCAAUGUGGAGGAUGUGGCAGACAUGUCACAGAGGCUUCUGACGGCUCUAGAGGGCGCUGUACAGGGAAAAGACUUUGAGGAGCAGGUCAUAGGUGUUUGGUUUGUGGUGCUAGCAGAAGACAUGAAGACUGCCUUUGCUCCUUACUGCCGUAACCAUGACCAAGUCAUCACACUGUUAGAAAAGUAUGAGGAGAAUGAUUCUAUAAUGGCAUACAUAAAGCGGAUUCUGGAGAAGCUACGACAGAAGACGACCGUGUUUGACCUGGGGGCCCUGCUGAUUAAACCUGUCCAGAGAAUCCUUAAAUACCCACUGCUGCUCAACGAACUCUUCAAGGCAACAGAGGAUGACCACCCAGACAAGAAGGAGAUACUGAACGCCAUAAACACCAUGACUGAAGUCGCAUCAGCCAUCAAUGAGUACAAACGCAGAAAAGACCUAGUGUUCAAAUACAAGAAGGUUUCAGAUGAGUCUUUUGGAGACAAACUUGCCAAGCUUAGCUUCCACACAAUAAAGAAAAAAGGCAGUCGAUUCAAGGGUCGAAUUAGCACCAAUCUGGGGCUCCUGCUGAUCAAGGAUGAAAGCUUCGACAGAGAGGAGGCCAAAUUUAGACAACUUGAAAAGAUGGUUAAAGUUUUUGUCAGAAACACACAGAGCUACAUGGAACAACUACAGGAAUCUAUGACUUGUCAUGAAUGCAUGGUAGCAGACUUUGCUGAUUUUUACGAUGAUAAACAGGGUAAUGCGGAGAUGCAAAAAUACCAAGAAGCCCAGGAAACUUUGGACAGGACACACCUACCUCUGUUUCAAGAGGCCAUGCGGGACUUGGUUAUCUUCCCUUUGAACAAACUGAUGUCCAUGUUUGAGGGCCCCAACAAAGUGAUACAGAAGAGGUUUGACAAACUGCUGGACUAUGACUCUAUGCAGAGGAAAGUCACGGAUGGACGGAUGCCAGAGAAGGCCUUGCAGUCCGUGAAGAAUGACUAUGAGGGUCUGAAUGCCCAACUCCUGGACGAGCUUCCUAAGCUGUAUAGCUUGUCCCUACAGCUCCUACAGGACUGUAUAGCAGCCUUUGUCCAAGCUCAGAGAGAGUAUGUCAGCCAGCAGUCCCUUCAGCUAUCUGAUACUCUGGAUCUUCCUUCCUUGCUUGCAUCAGACAACCUGAUUGAUGUCUUUAACAUUAGACAUGUAGCAGUGAUAGACAAGAUGGCCUGGCUCAGCUUCAUUCCUAAAGGAUUCAACCCAAAAGUGGAUGCUCUGAAACAACCAGACAAGAAAGGGAAAAGACCCUCUUUAGGUCUGGAGGAAUCAUCCAGCUCUCAGGUCCAAAGUCAAAAAGUGUACCUCCAGCAGAAGUUCCCGGCAGAAAAAUUGUACAAGGUGUCUCAAACUUAUACUGCUACAGAUCUGAUGGACCUGUCCCUUAAUGCUGGAGAUCUGGUGGGGAUAGUCCAGGACAAGGAUCCCAUGGGAAACAAGGACAGGUGGUUUGUAGACAAUGGAGCUGCUAAAGGGUUUAUACCCUCACGUCUCCUCCAACCUUUCCAGUCCUCUGAUGUAACAGGCAGUGAAGAGACCAAUCAGCUUUAUCCUAACAUCAAUGUACCAACUUCACCACUGUCACCCACAAUGAUUGGACAGAGACAGAGACUGACUUCUGUUGGAAGCCAGGGGUCCUCUGUAGUGGAUGGUCAGAUGCACGACUUUGACAGAGGUCAGGGGUCACCAAAAACCACAGGAUUGGUCAGUCAGAAGAGUUUGAACAGCGAACUGGAUGCAUUUUUAGAUGAAGACAUGACACCAGACCUAUCUUCAAUGGAGGGUUCUGUUAAAUAUGAAUGUGAAGAGUUUUACUAUGCUGAAUACGCCUUUCAGUCCCGCACAACCAACGAAGUGAGUUUGUUUGAGGGCCAGGUAGUGACUGUGUACAUAAAACAUGAUGAACAGGGUAAUGGCGAGUGGUGGUAUGUAGAUGCUGAUGGGGUCAAAGGUUAUGUUCCAUCUAAUUACCUACAUCCAAUGAGACGUUUACCUGAUAUGUUUCAUUUGAAGUUUCCAAAAUUUCGAGGAUUUUUUACGUGGGAAGAAUUGGGAUGUCUUGCCAGAGCCCUGGGUUACCCUGUGGAUCUGUUCAGGAAGAAUGUCACUGGGUCAGAGUUAAUUGUGGAGGAACAUGGACUUAGUCUUAAGGAGGCAUACAAGAUGGUGGAUCACCGCCUUCUGGAGAGAGCCUUACACCGAACCUGUAAUCUCCACUCCGGAGACUGGAACAUGAACGUCGUCCGAAAAUGUCUCUACUUCCUCAGUCAUUCUGCCAUUACGUUUGAGGAACUGUACAACAUUCGGGUGGCCUACCAGGCAUUUGAACAGUUUGACAUGAAGGGUCUGCUAAUUGACCAGGAGAUUCUGCUCAGCAGUAUCAAGAUGUGUGGUCGGUCCAUAGCUCCACUGAAGCUCAUGCACAGACUAAAACACAUGAAGGUUCAUUUUGAGGACAAAACUCGCAUCCAGUUAUCCGAGUACCUUGAGCUCAUUCUGUGGUGUGGCAGUUAUAAAGACUACCGCCCAGAGGAUGACACAGCUCCCCAGGGGAAGGACAAAGACCUGUACAAGCUGGUUGACUUUGAGCAGCUCCUGUCACACUACGAUGCCCGUCUUGCCAAUAAACUGAAUGAUGAAUACCUACAGGAGGAGUGGGACUUUGGGCAGGAGAACCUGGGCAGUAAGAAGAUGUUUAAGGAGCCCCCCAUCAUCUGCGCCCAGGAGAGAAUGGACAUGGCUAGAAAGCAGAGAAAACUAUACAAACAUCUUAAAAAAGAGAUCACGACCUCACAGAAAAUGGUGUACCGAGUGAAGGCAGGCUUUGUGAGAGAUCGGCCACUGACAGCACCUGACUUGUCUAUGUAUCAGAGGAGCGAGAAAAUGGAAGAUAAACCGGAGAUGACUACCAAGUCUGCUUAUGACAAGAUCACACAUCGAAUUAACAGUGCCAGGUCUAAAUCCGGUGCAGAGACCAGUCCUCUGUGUGAUACCUCUGAUCGUCCUCAGUAUGUCAGGCCACCGGAGAAAACACUCAACCCCAUCAUAUCGGAGGAGGAAAUUCAGGAAGCCCAGCUCAAGAAGGAUAAUCUGGUGUUUGACAUAGAAACGGUGGAAAAAAGACACAGACUUCAAAUGGAGCAAACGUUGAAUUUCUACAUCCCUGGUUUCACAGAGAGAAUGGAGAAGCAAGAAGAUGAAGAUUCCCUAAUUAUUCUUGAAGAUAAGCCUAGCAGUCCUCGGAGGAAGACUACCAGUGAGGAAACCAUCAACCACUUAGCUUACCCAGAGCCCCAGCACUAUCAGAGUCACUCCAAAGCUUGUGAUGCCAGGUACCGUGGAUGGCACGAGGUGCAAACCAAGAAAGGUGAACAUUUCAUUCUUACAUCCCCCACCUUUGAAAACUCCUACCAAGGAAGAUUGCAUAAAAAAUUACACCUGAGGGCAAAAUCCCAAGCAAAGAGAGUAUCCACAGACUUUGCCUAUCGAUACACCAAAUCAAGUGAAAUAAGGAAGAGAGGUCAAAUGACAUCAGGUCGCCCUAACACUGCACCAGCCAUCAUGCAGAAUUCAACUGUAGAGGAACCAGAAGAACUUUCUGAAGAAAAAGAUCUACAUCAAACAGAAUCUGUACACACUGUUGACACAGGUUACGAGUCUUGUGAUGAUAAAAGUCUGCCCAGCUCCAAGGCAAGUUUGACUCCCUCACAAGCUUGGGGGAGUGAGGUAGACAGCAUCGUAUCCAAGAGUUCCAUGGAUUCCCAUCUUCCAGCUGAGGCUGAGUUUGAAGAAAUGUCUAUCACAUCUAGGAGUACAGAGGAUUAUGACAUGAUGCAGUUAAAGAAAAUGGACAGGGGCCACGGGUCACCAACCAGGAAGAUUCAAGACAUCAAUGAAAGAGCUGGAAAUAUCUGUCAGGAUAGUACUAAGGUUGUGAUAGUGCCAAAGAAGGAGAAAAUUUCAAUAGACUUGGUACCAGUUCCACAAAUGCAACAUUCAAAACCAAAAGUUGUUGCUGUAGGAGGAAUUGGGAAGAUUUCUCUUUUGGAGAGCAUUUCUGAAGUUCAACAGUGGGAGGAUGAUAUGGAAGACGAGGAGAGAGACAAUCUGGAUGCUGCAAGACCAAAGAGCAUGCCUGAUCCAGAUCUGCACAAGGAUCUAGGCCAUAAAAUAGCAGACGACGGUGAAGAGAGGACCAUGGUGGACAACCUUAAACUGUUGAGUCGCAGACUUAGUGCUGAUGAUGGAAAAGACAGAAAAAGGUGUUCGAGAGCAAGCCUCACAAUGCCAGCCUUGUCAAUCGAAGAAAUGAUAGAAAGAGAAAAACAAUCUAGGAUAAAGAAGCAGAAGAGACUGCAGGGUUCAAAUCUGGAAAAAAUGGGAGUAGCUGUGUUUUCAACACCGAGGGAGAGGAAACCAAGCAUGAAAUCCACUUCCACACCACAGUUAACAUCCAGAUCUUCUACGGACUCUCCACAUCCAGAGAACAUCCAAACAAACCAUAAUCCACAUCCGCAAAGUGGUCAUCAAUCCAAAAACGGAAACAUUAGUGCUUCAACUACACUGAGAAGUCAAACACCUAGCACACCUACCAAAGAAAAAAAUAACUGUUCUCGAAAUACAUUAGAAAAAAAUAAGAAUGCGAAAAAUAUCCAACAGAAUUUAAAAUCCUCAAUAAGGAACAAUGUCACCAGUACCACAGACUAUGAAAAAGAAAACAUUAGUGUUCCAGGCUCCCAGAAAAACACUGAAACAAACCAAAGAAAGUCACCUGGUGGCAGCAGUGGACCAAACAAAGGGAAAUACGACAGGCUUCUCAAAAGAAUGGAGGGAUGCAUAUCAGAUGUGUUUGCUAAUAAACUAGCAGCAGCACGUCCCAGGGUGAAGUAAUUCCUGGUGAUUGAUGGGGCCUCUGUUGUGUGAUUCCCUCGACAUCAUGAUACUGAUCCUCCACGCCAUUCUUAAUAUUGCUUAAAAUAGUCUUUUGCUGUGAGUAAAGCAUUAAAUCAGAAGAGUUAUCAUUUCCUUACCAAUAUGAUCAAGAUAUCAAUUUUAUUUUGCACACAUUAUUUGAAACAAAAAAAUUUUCAAAUAUUUUAUGAUGUUUAACUUUGUUUCAAUGAGCAAGCAAGAAUAUUUCUUUAAAAUGGAAACUAAUACUUUUGGGAGUUGAUCAUUAAACUUCAGAUAGAAACCCAUCCAAAGGCAUACUUACAUACCCUUACUGAUGUUGAUGUACUGCGUAUUAAAUUGAUUGUCUUGUGAUAUUUUUAUGUGGUACAAGCAGUGCUCAAAUUCUACAGACAUCAUUGUCCUGUGAUAUUUCUAUGUGGUGCUAAAUAAAUGUUUUUAAAAAAAAAAAA